AUGCACACUCCGUCAGCGCUCAUCUUGAUCGCGAAUGGCACCGAAGAAAUGGAGUUGUACUGCACGUCUGCAUUUGUCCCAGAGCCAGGAAGCUCCCUAGAGGAUGUUAACUUCGAGAACAACCCUCCAUUUGCGAAAGGCUCCCGCGGGAUCAGAAUUGUGCCGGACACGUACUUCUCUCCCCAUGACUCUACUCCUGACAACUUCGAUGUGUUGGUCAUCCCCGGAGGCGCCAAGGGAGCGCAAACCAUGUCAGAGAGCCCAGCCGUGCAGGAACUCGUCCGUAAAUACCUCGAUAGUGACAAAUUCGUGGGGAUGGUCUGCGCAGGCAGCCUAACAGCUUUGACGUCGAAGCUUCCCAAGCAGAGCCUGACUUCUCACCCGAGCGUCCGUGACCAGUUGAAAGAUUCGUUUGAGUAUUCGGAAGACCCUGUGGUCUGCUCAGGGAAACUAAUCACCAGCUCGUCAGCGGCUCCUCACUUCCUUCCAGGCACCACCUUUCCCUUCGCGCUCACUCUCGUCGAGCUGCUUUGCGGUAAGGAGAAGCGCAGCGAAGUCGCGGGGCCGAUGGUAUUCCCCGCUGGCACAUUCGCCUAG